AUGAAUAAUAGUACGUCUACCAUGUUUAGUGAAAAAGGAAAUAAAUUAAUUGUCUUAAAUAAUUUUAAGUUUUCCAAAGCUAAUACUAGCAAAUGUGGAAAGAUUCGAUGGAAAUGCUGUAACGCUAAAUGUACAGCUAGAGUGUACUCCCACGUUUCCAAUGAAGACGUAAUAAUAGAGGUCAAAGCAGAACAAAAUCAUGGUGUUGCAAUGAAUCUUGCAAGAAAUGCAGUGAGUAAUAGUGUUAAAAGAAAAGCAACUUGUGAUCCAGCUGAGAAACCAGCAAAAUUAAUAAUUCGAGAGUUGCAAUCAAAUAAUUUUGCGGAGAACAUAAACUCAGAAGAUAUCAAUCGAAUAAGAAAAAAUAUGCAUAUGAGGCAAGAAGAAAAAUCUUGCAAAUAUAGCCUAAAAACCAAGAAGAGGUGUUCGAUACUGUUCUCAAAUUACAUCUGA